GGGAUCUGGUGUCGGCUGCAGCUGGCAGUGCGGCGGACGCGGGCAGCGGCACAGCCGCCUGCGGAGCCGGCUAUUAAUAACGCUCCGGGCGAGCCCGGGGUCGGGCAGUCAUGGCCAGUCCGGAACCCCUGCGCGGCGGGGACGGCGCCCGGGCUGCCAGGGAAACGGGUACAGAGGCCAGUUUUCCUCUCCAAGACUCCGAAUCCCCGAAGGAGGCCAUGACUUUCAGCCCAGAGGCCACUCUAUCUUUGGAGGGGACUGUGAACCUAGAAGACAUUCUCUAUCUGGGGGACUCAGUGGACUUUGAAGAGAGUCUCUGCGUGGGAGAGGCUGAGAAGCCAGAGGAGACACUAUUUAUCGAAGAAUCGAGGCAGCCAGAGGAGGCUCUGGACCUGGAAGAGCCGGUGAGUCCAGAGGAGACCCUGCUUGUGGAGGAACCUGUGAGGCCAGAUGAGGAACAAUUUUCAGAGGAGCCUGUGGAGCCAGCUAAGAGCCCAAGCCCAGAGCAGACUGCUUGGGAGGGAGAGACGGUGGCCACGGAGGAAAGCCUUCCAGCUCCGCUGAGUCCCGGCACAGAGGAGACCCUCAGCAUGGAGGACCUGGAGUUGCUGGAAGGCCGUUUCCAGCAAUGUGUGCAAGCUGUAUCCCAGCUGGAAGAGGAGAGGGACCAGCUGAUCCAUGAGCUGGUGCUGCUCCGGGAACCAGCCCUACAGGAGGUGCAGCAAGUGCACCAGGACAUCCUGGCUGCCUACAAGCUGCACGCGCAGGCCGAGCUGGAGCGGGAUGGGCUCAGGGAAGAGAUCCGGAUGGUGAAACAGAAGCUUUUUAAGGUGACCAAGGAAUGUGUGGCCUACCAAUACCAGCUGGAGUGCCGUCAGCAGGAGGUGGCUCAGUUUACCGACUGCAGGGAAGCGCUGACCACCCGGGCAGCCCAGCUCUCCGGAGAACUGACCCAGCUGCGAGAUGCCUAUCAGAAACAGAAGGAGCAGUUACAGGAACAGCUGGAGGCACCCCCAACCCAGAGUGAUGGGCACUUUCUCCAGGAGAGUCGGCGGCUGUCGACCCAGUUUGAAAAUCUCAUGGCAGAGAGCCGCCAGGGCCUGGAAGAGGAGUAUGAGCCCCAGCUGCUGCGGCUCCUGGAGAGGAAAGAGGCAGGGACCAAAGCUCUGCAGGACACCCAAGCAGAGAUCCAAAAGAUGAAGGAGGCCCUGAGACCCCUCCAAGCAGAGGCCCGGCAGCUCCACCUUCAGAACAGGAGCCUGGAGGACCAGAUCACACUCGUGAGGCAAAAACGCAAUGAAGAGGUUCAACAGUACAGGGAGCAGCUGGAGGAGAUGGAGGAGAGGCAGAGACAGUUACGAAGUGGAGUGCAAGUCCAGCAACAGAAGAACAAAGAGAUGGAGCAGCUGAGGACCAGCCUUGCUGAAGAGCUUUCAACAUAUAAGGAUUGUUUAGAAAUGUAUGGCUGGAUCUGUAACCCAGAAACAACAAAGCAUUUAUAUCAAAGCAUCACUAGGGAUGGACUUUUCCCCAAACAGGAAAGAGUGCCAGCAUCUGGCAAGCAAUUCACCAUGUGAAAAUUACAAACGUUGCUUAUCUUGCCCACAAACAUUUUAGGGUUGGCUGGAAGCAGGAUACCAGUCACCUUUCAUCUGGAUUCUUUUCUGUAGGCUGUUAGUACUGAUCUUGAUGCACUGUGGAUGGACAAAUGAGCCUGUUAUCUUACAGAACAUUGGGUUAUGGAGUAUCACCACAUCUUGCAGCAUUGUGAAGGUUAUUUAUUGCUUUGUGCUGACCCAAACCAAGAACAUUUAAGGAAAAAGGUUGGGGUCAAAAGGCAGCCAGUCUUUGCUCUAUGGACCCACAGCUUCAAUACCUCUGAGGUAUGGGUACUAGAUCUCAAAAGACUCCUUUCACGAAGCCAUUUUUCCUUUAACACCCACACUCACACAAUUUACUCCUACAAGUGUCAGGAUAGCUAUUUUGUUGUUUCUUUUUCUUUUCUCUCUUUUUUUUGACACAGGGCCUCACUUACAGCCCUGGCUGGCCUAGAACUUACGUUUUUAGACAAUGCUGGCCCUGAACUCACAGAAAUCUGCCUGCCUCUACACUGCUGAGAUUAAAGACACGUCAGGCUUGGGGUUUUUUUUGAGACAAGGUCUCAAGUAAUCUAGGCUGGGGUUUCUAACUUGUUAUAUAGGUCAGGAUGACCUUGAACUUCUGAUCUUGCCUCUACUUCCCAACCACAGGGACUUCAGGUGUACGUCACCAAGUGUGACCCAAGACACCCCCCCCACACAACCCCCCCAGUGUAUCACCAUGUAGUGACAUGGCUGUCUUAGAACACAUCACAUAGACAAGGAGGACCUCGAACUCACUGAAAUCCACCUGCAUCUGCAUCCCAAGUGCUGGGAUGUAUCAUUACACCCAGCUUGAUAGUUUUUACUACACAAAAAAAACAAUGAGAACAGAAAUCACUUCAGAUUUUGGACCUGACACUUCAUUAUUCAGACUUUCCAGAAAUCAAAUGCUUUUGGAGGUGAGAGUCAUUUAGUCAGUUCAAGCAAAGUUGGUCAUUUUUAUCUAGUUAUCACAUAUGGUGAUAAGGGCACUCAGAUUCUUAAUUCCUACCUUUUAAAAGUAAGUAGGAGUCCCAGUGAAAAACACUGGACAGAUACAAGUUCUCUGGAACACGGGUAUAAUCUCUUUCAAAUGUAAACUGCCUUAAGUUGUCUAUCACACUGCCUUUGACAUCUUGGAAACUUGUACGGCUCUCUAGGAAGACUUAAAAAAAAGAUGUAAUUUUACCAAGACUAGUUUGUGUACUGUCUGGUAAUGCCUUUGCUUUCCCAGGCAGGAGUAAAGCUCUUCUUUUUAAUGGUUCUGGAUCUAUUAUGCUCAUUUUCAUCUUGGUAGUCAAGAGCAUGAAAAACAACUGUCACCUGAACAAACUCUCCUAGAAGCUGGAGAAUGGUGUUUGGUGGAUAUUAAAUAAAACCUACCAGUGCAGGGCAUCAUAGAAAAGCAAUUUAUUCCUUUAUAAGCACUUACACAGUUAGUCAUGGAGAGUAACAGGCCCGAUGCUGAGACAGGUCAACCAAAAUGGAGAGGGCAUCAAACUAUGGUGGUCAAGGACUAACCCCUAGAAAAGCAACUCUUAUCAAGGAUUAAUUUAAUUUUAAAAACAAAGACAAACUAGAAAUUCACUCUUUCUCAACUUGACAGUUCACCAGU